AUGAACAUGGAUUUAGCCUCCGAGCCGCUGAAUGGCAGAGGUCCCAGCACAAGACACAAAGCCUCCACAGCACUGGACUCCUUCAAGCGGAUCGGCCUCCCCGUCCUAGCAGCAGUGCUCAGCCUCGCCUGCGUGGUUACGGUUGGGUUCCUGGUCAAGGUUUACCUGGACUACCACUACUUCUUCUGCAAACAGCCCCUGAAGCUGGUGCCACUGCUGCAGGUGUGCGACGGGCAGGCGGACUGUCUGCAGGGUGAGGACGAGGCCAGUUGUCCCCAGCGGGUCCCUGAGGGGCCACCAGCUGCUGCCCGUGUUUCCAAAGACAGAUCCAUCCUGCAGGUGUUUAACAGAAACACCAGAGCCUGGUCCUGCGUCUGCCAUGACCACUUCAACCUGGUGCUAGCAAAAGCAGCCUGCGAGCAAAUGGGCUACAGGAGCACCCCAACUUUCCAGCCGGUGGAGGUGGGCGCAGGGCAGCCCCUGCCUCCCCGCGAGGUCGUGCUGAGCAAUGGCAGCCUCCAUGUGCUUGAGCCGGGCAGGAAAUGCCUCUCUGGAUCGGUUGUUUCGCUCUUUUGUUCCAAAGACUGUGGGGAUAGCAUACGGACUCCGCGCGUGCUGGGUGGGAGUCCGGCCGCCAUCGAGACGUGGCCGUGGCAGGUCAGCUUGCAGUACAGGAAGGAGCACAUCUGCGGGGGCAGCAUCAUCGACCCCAACUGGGUCCUGACGGCAGCGCACUGCUUCAAGAACAACCCCAUCAUUCAGAGCUGGAGUGUGAAGGCUGGCUCCCACCUCCUCUCAGGCACCAUCACCCUCGCUGUGGAGAAGGUCUUCCUGGCUGAGGUGACGCCCGCAUCUCCCAAGGACAAUGACAUUGCCCUGGUGAAGCUGCAGUCUCCCCUGUAUCUCUCAGACAGCAGCAAGCCCAUCUGCCUGCCCUAUUUCGAUGAGGAGCUGGUGCCAGGCACACCCCUGUGGGUGAUAGGCUGGGGCUACACGCAGGAGCACGGCAAACUGUCAGACACCCUGCAGCAGGCGGAGGUGAAACUCAUAGACCGGGAGAGCUGCAACCUGUCCGGCUACCACGGGGAGGUCACCCAGAAGAUGCUGUGUGCCGGCCUGCCCCAAGGCGGGGUGGACACCUGCCAGGGGGACAGCGGUGGGCCUCUGCUGUACUCGGGCAGGCACUGGCAGGUGGUGGGCAUCGUCAGCUGGGGCCAGGGCUGCGGGACACCCAGCACGCCCGGCGUCUACACCAGCGUCCGUGCCUACCUCAACUGGAUCUACGCCGUCCGGAGGUCGGAGCUCUGA